GUGCUUCCUGAUCUGUCUUAACACGACACCAGCUGUCUCUAGCUCAAGUGGUUUCGUUUAGAACACACAGAGCACUGCUGUUAUUAAGGAUGUGGCUUUGAGGCUUUGUCUGAUUCAGCCAGGCAGUUCAGCGAACACGAACCACACCAUCUAUAUGGUAAGAUUAAGCGGCACGCCCGCAGAUAUUCGGUGAUUUGCCUAAAAACAGGAAACUUCCUCAAACUUUUCGCAUUUAGCUCAGACCCCUUUAUAGACUCGCAGCCAAAUAACCAUCAGCAUUAGCUGAAGCAGGAGCACCAUGGAUGUAGAGGUCAUGAUGUACACCUUGUUGGAGGUUCUUCUUGCUGUUUGCUGCUGUUUCGGUAAUAUGUUGGUGAUUUUGGCACUGUGGACCAGUAAGUGCAUCAAGCAGCCUACCUUCUGCCUGAUCGUCUCUCUGGCUGUGGCUGACUUCAUGGUGGGCUGUGUGGCUAUUCCUGCGGCCGUGUUGGUGGACGGAAAAGUGAAGACUUCAUUCUACGGCUGUGUCUUCCUCAGCUGUGUGGAGAUCCUGUUCACGCUGGUGUCAGUUCUGUGUCUCGCGGCGAUUGCGGUGGACCGAUUCCUGCGGGUGUGCGUCCCUCUCAGGUGAUGGUGUAAUCCUUUUUUUAAACAUGCAAAGAAAACAAAAGCAAUACAUGUUGUGUUAUUUUAUGGAGAAACUACAUUUUGGCUCUACAUUGUGUACAAAGGUUUCAGCCUCUUUAUGGUUUACAUUGGAAAAAACCAACAAGUUGUGCAAAUACUUCAAUAUUAAUACCAAUCAUUAACCCUUUUAGGUACAAAAGGACCGUAACGCAGAGACGCUCCUGGCUCGUCGCCACAGCAUGCUGGCUUGGUGCGAUACCGUUAAGUUUUGCUCCCAUGUUCGGGUGGUACAACCAUGACACCUUUUCAAAAACAACCAAUUCUACUCUAGAAUGCCGGUUUAUCGCAGUUAUCCCCUUGUCCUACCUGGUUUACUGCAACUUUUUUCUCUGCAACCUGCUACCUCUGUUGGUAAUGACUGCACUCUACGGCUACGUCUUCUCUACAAUUCGUGGAAACCUUCGAGAAAAACCAGGUGACAGUGCUCAACAUCAGUCCCGGAACUACUUAAAGAAAGAGAGAGCCCUGGCAGGAUCUCUGUCUUUGGUCCUGGCUCUGUUCGCCCUGUGCUGGCUCCCUCUCCACAUCAUGAACAGCAUCGAGUACUUUCACAAGUCAGGGGUCGUCCCAGGAACAGCUGUCCAUCUUGGAAUCUUGCUCUCUCAUGCUAAUUCAGCUGUGAACCCGGUUGUGUAUGCUUUCAAGAUAAAAAAGAUCAGGACGGCGUACCUAAUGAUCUGGAGACGGUUUGUUGCAUGUGGAAGAGAAAAGCAAGAAUCUCAGAUAAGCCAGACGACAGACAACAAUGUGAGCAGCACCAUGAACAGUGUGGCCAAAAUUUAGUGAAGGAAAAAUGGACAAACUUGUGUUUAAGUUUGUGUAUUUGACAAUCUAAGUACAUCAUGUAAAUAUUAAUACCCUCUUUAGGAUAUACUCUCUUGAUAGAUGUGUUUCUUCAUUCAACUGAUGUUUGCAUUUUUUCCGUGUAGUUUGUAAGCCGUCACAUGCUAUUAAUAGUCAAUAGAGUGAAAGUUCACAACCAGUACUGCUGUGUUUAGUUUGCUCAACACUUUUAUUUUGGAGCAUUAACUUCCUGUCUGUCAUCGACUGUCAGUCUUAAUGCUAUGAUGGAUGAUAAACUUUGCGAUCUACUUCCCUGUAAUGUCUGAAUAAAAUGUGUAAAACAGCAAAAAGUG